UAUGAUUUGAAACUGUCAACAUGGACUUUUCACGUCUACACACGUACACCCCUCCCCAAUGUCUGCCAGAGAACACUGGCUAUACAUAUGCACUCAGGUUAAACUCCUGUGGUAUUCUUAUCCAAAAUUCUCAUCCAGUGAAACAGUGGGCAAGUACAAAGGAAGAUGCAGAAUGAUAAAUCCUGUGGGACAUCUGGAGGAUAUUUUAUUGUGACUUUGGUGGGGUUUAUUUAGGGGACAACUGAGUGUUUGUCGCGCUGCAUAAAUGAGGACUGCUUUGCAAAACUGAGAAGUUGUGAAGGCGUUAUUUGUCCUGAAACUUUCCAGCUUGCCAUUUCACCAUGUUAAACUAUUAGGCAUAGGUAAUUAGAAAUGGACAGAGCUGGGUAGGAUGAAGUUUAAUAACAGAAUUAAUGAAGGCCAGUACAGUUAAACUAGGUUGAAAUUAAUUUAUUGUAAUUCUUCCUUAUGUGGAAAAGAAAGAUUGGCAAGCUCUUUCUUUAAAAUAGUGUGAAGCCCCAAAUGUUAAAAUAAUGGGGGCAAACUACUUGCUACACUGACGUGCCACUGCUUGCAGGGUGUCAAGAGAGUAAACCACAGUCUUUUGUGCAGACUCUUGCUGUGCCUCUGCUUGCUCUGUAUGUGCAGAAUGACAUCUAUUAUUGUAACUCUUCCUACUCUGGGUCAAACAAUAUUUGAAGACUGAGGAAGUUGCUAAUCAGAAAUAUUUUCAUGUUGAAAUUUGUUCCUUCUUACCCCUCACCUGGGUUUGUUUUGCUUAUAUUCUAAUAUGCUUUAUUCUGCCUUUGACAAUUCAAUCUUUACAGAAUCUUUUCUUUAAAGAAAUUGGCUUGGGAUGUAGCCCUGCAGAAGUUUGAUACCACAAAGCUAUUAAUAGAGUUGGCUAUGAUUUAUUAAUAGAACUUAUAUUAAUACUCACUGGAAUCACUGUGUGUUCAUAGCUGUAGUGCUUCUACUUUGUGCUUCUACUCCUCCAGCCCAAAUCAGAAAAACAUUUAACUGAUAUACCUAAAUAAUCCUUAUCCUCCUACAAAUGCAAGUCAAACUUGUGAAUACCACCCACCUGUCAACAUACAAUUUACACCCCACUCUUAUGACUGAUCUUUCUUUUUAGUCACCAUCAUCUUUUGAAUUGUGUUGUCAGUUUGGGUGGCUUUAACACUUCUUCACAAAUAUGGGUUAAAUCAAUAAGAAUUUGGUUUGAUUUUCUGUGUCAGAGCAUUCAACUGGGAUGUAAUUUUCUGCACAGUAAUUGAAUAAAAUCCUUUGAGGUUUUUAAGUAUGUUCUGGAUCUGACUGAAGAAAUAACUAAACAAUUCAAGGUAGUGUCCUUGUUCACUUAAUGUAAGUAAUGCCCUCUGGUUAGAAAGCCUGUGAAUGUUUUUGUAUUGACUAUAUGUCUAUCCAUGUUAGAAGAUGCCUGUUCAGUUGUAGAUCUCUAGGUAUAUUGCAUGUGCCUGUUAUCCUGAGUAGUCAAGAACAUCACUGCCCAUUUCAUUGCAAGGAGUAUUUAUAAAUAAAUGACACUUGAAGUCCUUCAGACAAGCUAUAGGCAUGCUAAAAUGGGCAGACCUCAUUCUCAUUCCACUUACUUGAUAAAUAACCUGCUGAGGUCUAGGACAUUCAUAGUCUGUAGAAGCUCAUGUGAAGAAGGUAUCAAGAAGCUGGAAAUGUAGGCCUAGAUCCAGUCACCAGCUCUGCCAUGGGAGCUGUUUGCUGGGGGAAGGAACCAGAGUCCUCACUGAUUGCAGGGGUUAUACAGGAGUGUAGCCAACUGCACCCCACCUUCAGGUGUUUCUUGGUUAGCUGUACAUGGUGCAUAGGAGGACAUCAAUGUGCAGGUUCAUUUCUGGCCCUUGACAGGAAGGGCAGUGGUUUUUUAUUUACUGUAGUCUUUUCUGUAGAAGAAAAAAGGCUGCAUUCCCAAGCAUGGGAAGUGAGAUGGCAAGUUAGGAGACUUCUAGGUACUGUCCUGCUGCCAGAGGACAGAUAAUGUGAAGAGAAUUACUACCCUGCAUAAGUGAGAGACAAGCCCCUUUUGUUAAAAAGAUUCCAUUAUGAUUUGUUGGAUUUUUUUAGAUAGUAGAGCUCAAAUUCAAACUAUUUAUUCAACGCACAUUGAUAUAAAUGUUCAUUGAGAUACUUGGUAACAGCAAGUGUUCAUAAACAGAAACAAAUUGAGGCUGGUCACAGCUGUCAGCUUGUUCUGCGUACAUUGUGUUCUUGUGAAUUGAGUAUCUGUAAGAAACGUGGGGUGAAGAUGAGGAAAAGCAAAUGCAUAGUGGCAAAUGUAAAUAGCAAAACUGAGUUCUGAAACAACUGUUUAGGGAGGGUCUCAAUAGAAAACUGUUGUGGCUCUGACCCUUUCAGGAUAACAGCAGGAGGAGCCACACUUAACCCAUAUUCUUUCUUCAUAUCUGUCAGAGUAUGAGUCAUUUAUAUUUAGUAUUUUUGAAAGCUGUAAAAUUUAAACUCUUUAGUCUACAGUUGGUAGAGUACAGAGAAAAUACGUUAUUUCUUCUCCCUCUUCCAGCCAAAUGAAAGCAAGAAAUAACAAGUAAAACACAAAUGUACUUAGUAUAUAUGCUGGGUUUGUUAAGUUGUGCUGAGGCCCUUUCCUGCCUUGCACAGGGUUGCACUGCACGUGCCAGCAUUAUCAGGGCAGACCAGUGAGAUCCAGCACACAGAACCAAAGCCCUGCCAUCAAAUCUGUGCUGCUCUGGGCCAUAGAAGCAGCUACUUUGGACAGACUCUGCUCUGAUCUUCUGGGCUGAAUGCCCAGCUGGUUUUGGAGCCAUGAGAUAUUUUCCAGCAGUGUGUUGUCUGGGUUAGUUUUUUAGCCAACAGAAGUGCAGUUGACAUGCUCUGACAGUCCCAUCUUACAUACUUUGUGUUGAGGAGCAAUGAAGAAACUUAUUUCAAAAGCAGCACCUUGUCAGAAUUACAUCAUUACUGUAAGUGUAGCUUCAAGGCCUUCUGGUGUGAAUUUAAUUCUAUGCUGAAGCAAUACAAUACCAUAUUAUUGCUUUGUGAUGUUCUGAGAUCUUUAAUAAUGGUGAAAACUAUUUCCAUUAAGUCGUUUUUACACAAGUACAUUUUAUAGUAGCUGUUUGUAUGUAUUUUUAAAGGGAAGCUUCCAUUUCAAAUGCAGGUUGCACAGUAGAAUCUACUCAUUCAGAUCUAAUUUGCUUGUUUGUUUUUGUGUGGGGAGAAAGAGCUGCUGUCAUAAACAAUUCUUUGCUUAUCUCUUUUAAAAAAACCAAACAAAGCCUCCAGGAGUACUGCAGUGCUGUUACAUCUCUGUAUAUCCCUGUGGCCCAAGGAGGGACAGAGUCCUCAUGAAAGCUGGCCCAGAGCACUUAGCAUUUGGAUGCUGUGGGUCACAGGGCUGAGCAGGUCUAGAGCCUGACCUGCUGUGCAGUGCCCUGUGUCAGCAGCCUCUGCUCACUUGCAUAACUGAAUGUUUCCUUUGGUUUUCGAGUUAUUCUUCAUCUGCUUUGGAUUUUGAGACUGAGAACAAAAUAGAUCCAGUGUUUGAUUCACCCAGAAUGUCACGGCGUAGUUUACGGUUGGCUGCUGGAGGAUACAGUAAAUCAGAUGAUGGACACAGUGAUUCCCUUCAUGACAGCUCUUAUGCUGGAAGCAUGUCCUUCAGGGAUCAGUCUAAGGUGGUGAAGCAACGCAGAAGUAUGAACAAGCAGUCUGGCAGUGGAAGACAUGUGCCAAGGAAAAAUCUGUCCAGCUCAUCUAUUUUUAGCCAGAGCAGUUUCAAUAGCCAUGCCAGUGAUACAUCAAUGAUAUCCACUAUAUUGGAUGAGUCUCUGAUUCGGGAACAGACAGAAGUUGAUCAUUUCUGGGGCCUUGAUGAAGAAGGUGACCCCAAAGGCAGUGACACCACGCUGCUGCAGGGCAACGGGGGCAUAGCAGCAGCAGAGCUGCAGCCCACGCUGAACGGCUACACGUGCAGUGACUGCAGCAUGCUGUCAGAGAGGAAGGAGGUCCUCACUGCCUACUCACCUUCCCACGUGCCAUCCUCCAGGAUCUACACUAGGGACAGGAGCCAGAAACAUGCAGCUAGAGGAACAUAUUUCUACAUGAGUAAGAUUCUACGAUUGGUCAAAAAUACCGCAGCAUCUUUUGCAUCACUAUUAGUGCAACUAUUUCAAAUGGUUUUGCUGAAGCUGGGUUAUGAAUAUAAAGCUCACUCAGACUACUGUGGAAGCAUGAAUGUAAAGGAGUUCUACAGAGAAGAUCGUCACCUCGGUGUGAAUGAGGAAUCAAUAUGUGAUGACUGUAAAGGGAAGAAACAUCUUGAAAUGUACACCACAGACCACAUGCAGUCCUCAUGGGCUAAAAGGGUAGCAAGGACCAUUUGGCACACCUUUUCUUCUGCAGGUUACUUUUUGCUUCACGCGUUGCGAACAGCGGGAGCCACCGGAUGGCUUGUGUCGCAGAAGGUGUUGUCCCUACUUUGGCUGGCCAUUCUCUCUCCAGGGAGGGCAGCUUCUGGCAUGUUCAGGUUGCUUAGAACUGGGUGGUAUCAACUUGUUACUCUGAUGUCUUUGCUCAAGGUGUUUCUUGUAAGAAGAUGCCUUCCAAAGAACUACAGGUGGUUACUGUUUCUUAUCCCACUCCUGCUUCUACUAGGUCUGUGGUUCUGGGGGCUUAAUAGCUUCAUUUCAUUAUUACCUCCAUUGAACUGGACAAGAAUUGGCAGAAUACAGAGAACAGAUGAUUCUGUUCGUGUUCCUGAACCACAAGAUGAUUCUUUUCAUUCUGUGCAACCUCCAAAGGAUGCCAUAAAUAUCUUUGAUUUUGGUCGUAUAAGUGAGCUGGAAAAGCAAAUGGCCUUCGUGUCUGACAGAUGCCAUGACCAAAACAAAGAAUACAACAAAGUGAUGAGCCUACUCCAGAAUCUUCAAGAUCAGGUUGCCACCAUGAGUGACAGAAGUGAAACACUGAAUUUAAUAAAAAAUGUCAUGAGUCAAUAUCUUAGAGAUAUGAAAUCGGAGGAAAAGACUGAGUUCCUGGCUUUACAUAAAGAACAUGAGUUGCGCAUCCAGACGCUGGAAGAACUUCUUAGAAAACUCUCAGCUGAAUCCAAGGACAUCCAGAAGGAGUUCGACCUAGCCAAAUCAAAGUCAGUGAGAGAUGAUGAUCAAUACAGUCUACUUAUGUCCAAAAUUAAAAACCUAGAACUAGAGCUGGCAUCUAUGAAAUCACAGCUGUUAUCUGGGGAAAGUGUGAAGACGAGUUGUGAGAAAAUGGAUGUCAUUCAUGAAAAAGUGGAUGCCCAGGUGAAGGAAUCUGUCAAGCUAAUGCUUUUUGGUGAUCAACAAGAAGACUUGCCUGAAUCACUUCUCCAGUGGCUUAACUCCAAUUUUGUGAGCAAAAGUGACCUACAGACUUUGCUGCGGGAUCUUGAGUUGCAGAUCCUCAAAAAUAUAACUCUCCAUAUGUCUGUAACAAACCAAAAAGUAACAUCUGAAGUAGUUACAAAUGCUGUGACUAAUGCAGGGAUUUCUGGAAUUACAGAAGCGCAAGCACAGAUUAUUGUAAAUAAUGCACUGAAACUCUACUCUCAAGACAAGACUGGGAUGGUGGAUUUUGCCUUGGAAUCUGGAGGUGGCAGCAUUCUGAGUACUCGCUGUUCUGAAACCUAUGAGACCAAGACAGCAUUAAUUAGCCUCUUUGGAAUUCCUCUGUGGUACUUCUCUCAGUCUCCCAGAGUGGUGAUUCAGCCGGAUAUGUAUCCAGGGAACUGCUGGGCUUUCAAAGGAUCACAGGGCUAUCUUGUGGUGAGACUCUCCAUGAAGAUCUAUCCAACUGCCUUCACGUUGGAACACAUACCAAAAACUCUUUCACCAACAGGAAAUAUCACCAGUGCUCCUAGGAAUUUUGCAGUAUAUGGCCUGGAUGAUGAAUAUCAGGAAGAAGGCAAACUUCUAGGAGAGUAUGUCUAUGAUCAAGAUGGAGAACCACUGCAGAUGUUUCCAGUGAUGGAGAAAAAUGAAGACGCAUUCCAAAUAGUGGAGCUGAGGAUUUUCUCUAACUGGGGCCAUGCAGAGUACACCUGCCUUUAUCGGUUCAGAGUGCACGGGAAACCUGCCGAGUAAUCCACACUACAGCUGGGCUGGCUGCUCUGUACAUUUUGUUCCUAAUCUGUAUAUACUGGCAAGCCUCCAACACUGGAAUCUGUAAAGGACGAGGAUGCAAGAUGCACACUGCAGAGCUAUUGGUCCUCUGAUAAAGGCAGAAGACUGUCAGCAGAAAUGUAUAAACCCCAAUUUUUAUUUGCUCUAAGGCUCAGCUUGUAAUUGCCAGCUCGCUUCAUAUUCUGUGUCCAUGCUGAGAGAAGUAAUGCAUGCAAACAGCUCUGGUUCAUAAAGCCCAGUUGGCGAACAGGUGACACACGUUUUAUUACAAAUGAAUGUAUAGGUUUUUUAAAAAGAAUAAACCACACUUUCUGCAACUAGGAAUCUGUUCUUUUUUAAUCCAGGACUUACCUGCAUACUUUUGCUAGCUUGGCACCGUAAGCCAAAAACUGUGGUACAUUUUGAACACUGACUGUGGCUAAAGGUGUCCUUCAGUUGACAGUUGGUUUUAACCUUUUUGGUGGAUCCAAAAGGGCUUCUUUGCUACAUGUUGAAUAUAAUAAAUACUACUGUCAGGGAAAGCUAACACAACCAAAACCAGUUGAAACACCAGCGACUGAGAAUGCUUUACUGUAAUUUGUGACCGUGAAUUGCUCUAGAAGUCAGGGAUAACUUUAAGUAACUGAAGUUAUUUUAAGGGUUUUUACCAUGGCAACUUGGCCAGUUUGUUCUUUUUUUAGUGUCAAUCCCAAAUCGACCUUGAUGUGCUGCCUGACUGGCUCGGAGCUGAUAAGCCUGCUGAAUUGCUCAGUAAACACUGCUGUGCAGCAGUUGCACUACCUUAGUUUGUCCAAAGUGAUCUCUUUGGGACAGGAUUUCCUUAGACUGGUUGAUUGUUUACUCCAUAAAUAUACUGUGAGAAUUCAGUGUGUGGAGAACAAGCCUGAAGUAAUUCUCGCUGCGUCACAUUUACCAGAGGGACUGGAGCUCAGCGCUGCUGUUGCAAACACGGGCAUUCCUGAUCCUCCCCACAAGCCUUAGUCGGGUACCAGAGGAGUAGAGUUGCUCUUGGAAACAACAUUUUCACAUAGAACGAGGUGAAACUGCUUAUUGCCCCCCCUUAGCCUCGCUGCUUUGAAGAUCCUUUUCGGAAAAAGAUUCCUGAAAUUCACUUGUUUGCAGAAUUUUUAUCUUGCUGUUCCUAGUGCAUUUUGUAGUUACACAGAACUGUUACACAUGGACCUGCUGACUGGUUUUCUGAAUUGAGUUAUGUAUGUUGCACAACAGUCCUCGAAUGUUUGAAAUACAAAAAGUCUCCAUGUGAAGAAGAACUGUUUUUCACUCGACCUAGAGACAGAACCUAUGGCCUACGCAGAGGAGUAGAUGACACAUGUACAGGUGUUUUCAUAUUAUAGGUUACAUAUUUAAAAUUAGAAUUAUCCUGUAUAAAUUGCAAUUAGGUAGCUGGGGGGGGAAUAUUUUGAAUAACACUAACUUAUUUUUAAAAAAGCAAGAUAGGACUUUGUGCAAUGUAUUUUUGUAAAUGCUUUUCAAAAUGUCUGUUAUUUGCUGCCUCCAAACUGACAAGAUGCUAUUGAGAUGUUUAAAUAAAGAGUUUUAAUUUUUGAAAGUGCAUGUAAUACUUGAAACAAGAAAUAAAGCCUCUUUUCUG